AAUUUUCGUAACUUUUAUUAUUACCACGUUGUUGUUUCAUGGAACAAUAUGUAUACUCUAUAGUUUUUUUCUUCAUUAUCAGCCAGACAACGUUGGAGAUAAUAGUAGAAACUGAUCGUGCAAUAUUCAUUUUCAAAAAACAUAUGUGUGCAGUGUAUUGUGGUUGUGUUAUAUUAAUUUUUAAUUCCAAUACACAUUGUUUUUUUCUUUUAUUCUCCAAAUAAUUUUUGUAUCCAUUUUAUUAGCUUCUACGUUUAGUGUUGCAGCUUUGUACCGUUUGUUGAUUUCGUACUAAAUACUAUUGAAUUUAUGACUAACCUUGUUAGCUGUGAGCCUAAUACUGAUUCCCCAGGUGUCCUUGUGUCUUUGAGUCUUUGUUUCCGGCUGUUUCAAUGAACGAGGAUAGUUUGCAACCCAACGGUAUUUCGCAACAGCCGUCGCCUACUACUUCCACUUAUCAGCCAUUUGUACCUGACGUUGAUUUCGAACAACCCAUCAACGACAACCUGGACGCUAAAGACCGAGAAAAUCAACCUCUGCUGGGACGCAUGGACCAUGCUCCAGGUUAUAAUCAUUUCCCAGAUGAUCCUUCAUUCAGUUAUGUUAUCAAACAAGCUGAAAUAGCUAUAGAUAAUAGUGUCUUCCCUGAACGAAUUUAUCAAGGAUCCAGUGGCAGUUAUUUUGUCAAAGAUCCAAAUUGUAAAACUAUUGGUGUUUUUAAGCCAAAAGAUGAAGAACCGUAUGGGUUACUAAAUCCAAAAUGGAUCAAAUGGCUACAUAAAAAUUGUUGUCCCUGUUGUUUUGGGCGUUCAUGUUUAAUACCUAAUCAAGGAUACCUGUCUGAAGCAGGUGCUAGUCUUGUAUCAACUAAACUUGGAUUAAAUAUUGUACCUAAAACCAAGGUUGCCAAAUUGGUUAGUGAAACAUUUAACUAUGGACGUUUAGAUAGAGAAAAGACUCGAAUGAAACAUGCUAUAAAUGAUCAUUUUCCAAAAUUGGGACGGCGAUUUAAUAGACUUGGUCUUAGGCCCAAAAUAGGAUCGUUCCAAUUAUUUAUGGAAGGAUAUAAAGAUGCUGAAUAUUGGCUUAGGCGGCUUGAAUUAGCUCCAUUACCUUUAAAUCUUCAAUCACGUUUUCAACUUCAAUUUGAAAGACUAGUUGUGUUAGAUUACAUUAUUCGAAAUACUGAUCGAGGUAAUGACAAUUGGUUGAUUAGAUAUGAUCAACCGAGCUUAAGUUCAAGUCCUAAUGCUAGUCUUACAAAUUCUACCAUCAGUGAAAGCUCAAGUGAAUGGAAUAAUGUCCAAGAACCUGAUAUAAAAAUUGCAGCUAUUGAUAAUGGUUUGGCAUUUCCAUUUAAACAUCCAGACUCAUGGCGCGCUUAUCCUUAUCAUUGGGCAUGGCUUCCACAAGCAAAGAUUCCAUUUAGUAAGGAUACAAAAGAACUUGUAUUACCUUAUCUAUCAGAUAUGAAUUUUGUUCAAGAUUUGUGUGAUGAUCUUUACACUUUAUUUAAGAUAGACAAAGGAUUUGAUAGACAUAUGUUUGAAAAGCAAAUGAGUGUUAUGCGUGGACAAAUAUUAAAUUUAACUCAAGCUUUAAAAGAUGGUAAAAGUCCUGUGCAACUUGUGCAAAUGCCAGCAGUUAUUGUUGAACGAUCUAAAGGACAUGUGGGAACUACUUCCAAAUUUCGUUCUUUCAGUGAUACAUUUACUCAAAGGUUUCAAAAUAAAAGUCCUUUUUUCUCAUGGUGUUAACAUUUUUUAAUUUCAAAAUACAUAAAUAAUAAUAUGA